AUGAGAGCCGACCCUAACAUCAAAUGGGCAGCCAGUGGCACUGCAAUCAUACAAUUGAUUUCGUUUUAUAUGUUAAGAGAUGUGACCUCUUUCUGGCAAUUGUUUCUAAUGGCCUAUUGUUUCGGUGGAGUCCUUAAUGUAUCGCUGCAGAUGGUUAUCCACGAGAUUGUACACAACCACGCGUUUGGUCCGUCCAGACCAUUGGCCACCAAAAUACUCGCGAUAUUCGUCAAUUUGCCGAUUGGUAUCCCUUUUGCGGGAUCACAUAAGAAGUACCACUUACUUCACCACCGAUAUCAAGGCGAUGACAUACUCGACACCGACAUACCCUCGAAUUUUGAGGUCAAAUACUUCAGCAAACCUUUCACUAAUCCCUGUUUUACGCACUGCGACCAAUCUUAUCUCAACCAAAGUUUGUCGUAA